GUUCGUUAACCAUUUCAUAUAUAAGUCAUUCCCCCACCAAAAGAAUUUUGUGAUACUGCUUGAAUUUAGACAUAGAUAAACACUAGAGAGAGAGCUAGCUCCAGACACAGGUAAGCGGCUGGAGCAUUAACAAGAGGGAGAUCCAGUACUACGGCAAUAACUUGACUUUAUAACCAGCUAGCUAGCUGGUUUCUCGAUCUUCUGGGCAUGGCAGAGGAAUUUCAGACUGGGGUUUGCGGGGCGAAUUGGACGAUGAAUUCAUCGAGAAGCCUGUUCACGGGAGGCUAUAUGUGGCCGUCGGAUAUGGUACUGGAUUUGAAGUCCGGGAGGUCUCGUGAUCAGGAGACUCUUGAUUCGGUUUCUGCAGCUAGGACAUCCCUUGUUUUGCAAGAUCUGCAGAAGCCUCAGCAGGCUGAUUCUACCAGUGGCAGCAGUGCUAGCAUCUUGAGUGAUUCUGACUUGCAAAUGAUGGGUUUCGGCUUUUCAUCAUCGUCAACAACUUCGGAUUUGAACCAAGCUUUGCUUCGUGGUGGUGGAACAUCUGAGAACAAUUAUAGUUCCAUGUUACAAGAAGAACGCAUGAAUUCGAUGUUGAAUUACCAACAAGAAAAAGUGGUAGAUUCUUCUCAAAUUCAAAAGAAUUGGAUCCCCAAGAGCUUCUCCAAUGGAAGCGAAGUACUCACUGCUUAUAAGUCUACAAUUCAAGACUUUCCUUCGGAUAGUGGCUCCAACAAUAUUACAGAGACUUUCCAGGGAAUAUCCACCGGUUUUCCUGCGAGUUCAGCUUCUAAUUAUGGGUACCCUACAACAUUCGGACAAUGUUUAUUUGAUCUUGAAUCUCAAACCCAGCAACCUCUAUUCAACAAUCGGCCCAUCAUGAACUUCAAUUACCCAUCGAAUGCUAAUUAUGGGACAAACUCUAAUGAAAUAAUUUCUCCUUCUUGUCCUAAGUUCUCUACCAUUUAUCCAAAGCAACAGCCUUGUGACCUGCACUCCUCCAACAAAACACCCUUUUGGAAUACCUCCACGGCCGCUCUAGCUGAAAGUAUUCGACCUGGCCUUUUUCCUUCAUCACAAUCACAAUAUCUAGCUCCAACAUUUGGAGAAAAACCCAAGUUCUCCAACCUCACUGUAAAGCCUAAAGUUGAAGAUGUACUGCAAGACUCGGUCUCAGUACUGGCGAAGAAAAGUGGCAGUGAACCCGUAUUCAAAAGGCCAAGAAUUGAAACCCCAUCUCCAUUACCAACGUUUAAGGUUCGGAAAGAGAAACUAGGGGACCGAAUAACUGCACUCCAGCAAUUGGUUUCACCUUUCGGAAAGACUGAUACAGCAUCCGUUCUCCAUGAAGCUAUAGAUUACAUCAAGUUCCUCCAUGAUCAAGUCGGUGUUUUAAGUACUCCAUAUAUGAAAAAUGGAACGCCAAUUCAGCACCAACAGGGCUCUGAUAAAUUGAAGGACAGUAGUCCUGAUCAAGACCAAAACCAAGAUUUAAGAAGCCGAGGACUCUGUUUGGUUCCGAUUUCAAGCACAUAUCCAGUUGCUAACGAGACAGCAGCUGAUUUUUGGACGCCAACAUUUGGAUCAGGAGCAUUCGGGUAGAGAAGCUGAGAAUGAAGCCAAAGAUUUUCCAUAUACGGCCAAUUAAGUAGUAGUAGAGUAUCAACAACCAGAGAAGCUAGAAAUACUGAUAUCAGUUUUGGAAGAAGAAUAAAAAUUGGAAAGCACAGAAGCUACAUAUAAUUUCCGUGUUGUACCAGUACUCAGGAGGAAAAGCUAUAUACAGAAACAAAAAAAAAAAAAAGAUCGAACAAAUUAAAGAGAGAGAUUGAAGUAGUGGUCCUUCAUAUAUUGACAGACAAUCUUGGGCCAACUGCAAGCAGAAUGUAGGCUAACAAAUGAUUGAUUAGUGGCCUCACAAUAUAUAUAUAUAUAUAUAUAGGUGUGCUAGAAAACCAAGUAUUAAAUCUAGUUAGAGGUGGUUAGGAGCAGGAACAACUGCUAAUUUUAGCAGAAGUUGACACUGGUUUAUAUAAAAUAUACUGCUGCUGCUGCUGCUGUUGCUGUUGAUAAUAUAUAACUGAAGAUCAUUUUGGCAGGAGGAAGAUAAAGGGUCUAGCUAGCUUUAGUUGAUGAUCAUUUCAGCUUUAGUUAAUUAGUUCUUGUUGAUGAUGAAUGUGAUCCUGGUAGAUCGAUCUGCCGGCAGGCACUGCCUUUUCUUUAUACAGAAAAAGUAGAAGAGAUGAAUGACAUUAUUGUAUGUAUUGAAUUCAUAUAUAUUCAAGAUCGAGUAGGAGUCAUGAUGAGUGGAGUUUGUUUGAA